AUGAACAGCGCGGGCGCAUCUAACGUCGGAAAAGGUAAAUUUUGCGGAGAGGGUGGAUUACCGGCAGGUUUUAUCAUCAAAGAAACUUUAAAGUGGCUCGGACAAAAGUAUAGUUUUAAGUACGACCAUACUACACAGCCACUCAUGCAUAUUCAUAAUAACGUGUCGAAUCGGGCUGAACCGUUGGACAGCGGUGAUAUUCAAAGAUACGAAAAAUUUCUCAUGCGGAUCCGGACUUAG